UAGGACCGCAAUGUGGAAGAAAAAACAGAAUUUGCAAGCCACGUCCAGAGCGAGCGGGCUAAGAUUUAAGCCAAAACAGGACCCUUGGAGAAUAAGGGUACUCCGAUAUUUCUACAAUAAAGAACAAAAAUUAUUCUGCGGCAGAACAUGGAAGAGUUGGCUUAUGAUCAUUGGUUACUCGCUCAUGUAUUUUAUUUUCCUAGCCACAUAUACUAUGAUAUUCCUGUACUGCUCUCUACUGUUGAUACAAGACAGCGUCGAUAUCAGCACUAAAUCGAAUUUGGUCACGUAUUUAGAUCGAGGGAUCGGUUUAUCAGCGAUCCCGACUUCCUUUCACAGCGAGCCUCUGAUAUGGUACGUUCAGAAACCGGAAAGCUACGGGAAAUACGUCAACUCUAUAGAAAAUCUUUUGAGCAAGCGGCGGAAAAGGGACACAGAUAUGCUUGGACCUUGUGGGGCAUACCCGUACGGAUACGGAGAGAAACCGUGUGUUAUAAUCAAAAUAAAUAAACAGUUGAAAUGGUCUGCAAGACCUGUCAAUACCUCCAGCACGAACAUGCCUUGGGUUGUCAAAAACUGGAUGCAGAAAGACAAGGACAAACUCUGGUUGUACUGUACAGGUUUGAAUGGUGCAGACAAGGAACAUAUAGGGAUUAUCACAUACCAUCCAGACCCCCCGGGAUUUGAUGUUAAGCAGUUUCCUAUGGAUCUGAAAGAGGACUCGCCUCUCAUCGCUAUACAGAUUUCUGACUUCUCCCACGGUCUGUCUCUAACUAUACAAUGCAGUCUGUGGUAUGAAGGUGGAGUUUCUACAACAGAAUUCGUUCUCUAUGUUAAGUAAUACGUCAAUCUGUAAAUUAUGU